AUGGGCAACAUGGAACAAAACACGAGACGAAUGCCACAAGAGGCAUCCACUUUCCAUCAGGCGUCCAUUGGAUCGGAACCAGCCAGCCAUCUCACACCCGCAACUGCUGAUAAUUUAGUAAACGAAGUCACAGUAAGAUUACCAACAUUCAUGGGCAAUAUGCCGGACAUUUGGUUUCAGCAAAUUGAGUCUAUUUUCAAGAACAGACGUAUCACUUCGGACACCAGGAAAUACGAACUUGUCUUCGAGGCAUUGACUCCUGAUAUCAUGGAGAAAAUAUCCGACUUUCUUCGAAGACCACCGGAAGUAGAUAAGUACAGUGCUAUAAAAAGACUUCUAUUACAAAGACUAACAGACUCAAAACAGAAACAAAUUCUAAGGUUUCUACAUGAACUACAAUUGGGAGAUAAACAACCAUCACAAUUCCUACGGGAGAUGCGCAAUCUGGUUGGUGACUUGGUCCACGAGGAUUUUCUUCGAACCCGGUUUCUUCAGAGCAUGGCUAUGAAUAUCCGCACUCAUCUGGUCGGCUGCAUUGAAACCACGUUGGAUAAAUUGGCCGAGAUGGCGGACGCCAUACUGGAAAGUUGUGGAGGAGCAUACGCAAUGGCGGUUUCGCACCGGAACACUUCUCCAGAAGCACGAAGGCAACAGGUGACCGAACCACGGUUGGGCGCCCUUGAUGAGCAAGUUAAAGAGAUACUGGUGAAACUCAAUGCCUUGGGCGAGGACCGCAGACGCGGUCAUACAGGUGAUGUUUCCCACGGGGGUUACGGUGGCGAAAGGCGCAGCCGCGACCGUACGGUGCGCCAUGAACAACGUCCUCGCAGCCGAACACAUUCCGGAGACAAGGGAAUCUGCUACUAUCAUCGCAGGUUUGGAAUAGAUGCACAACACUGCUUACGGCCAUGUAGCUUCUCACAAAUGGAUGGCAAACAGGAAAACUAA